AUGUACGUACCAGAAAUGAUCUUCGGAACACUGCUGACGUCUUCGAAUUACGACGACAGUGAGAGAAAAGUUACUGGUGGUCGUAAUGGAUACGGAGCCAAGCUUUGCAACAUAUUCUCAACUGAAUUUACUCUUGAAACCUCAUCAAAAGAGUACGGGAAAGCCUUCAAGCAGACAUGGAUCAACAACAUGACCAAAGACAAAGAGCCUCAGAUUGUAAAGGCUACGGGCGAUGACUACACAAAGAUCACAUUUAAACCGGACUUGAAAAAGUUCAAAAUGUCGGAACUGGACGACGAUAUCAUCGGUUUGAUGUCUCGUCGUGCUUACGAUAUUGCUGGUAGUACUAAAGGCGUAAAAGUGUUUCUCAAUGGGAAGGCCUUACCGGUGCAAGGCUUCAAACAGUACGUGGAGCAAUACACAAAGGAUAUCACUGGCCCUACAGGCGAGCCAGCAAAAGUUGUUUAUGAAGCGGUCAACGAACGUUGGGAGGUCGCUCUAACUGUUUCUGAAAAGGGAUUCCAACAAGUGUCGUUUGUCAACAGUAUCGCAACCACGAAUGGUGGCCGCCAUGUUGAUUACGUAGCGGAUCAGAUGGUCUCGAAAUUAAUCGAUGUCAUCAAAAAGAAAGUUAAAAAUCACAUGUGGGUGUUUGUGAACUGCUUGAUCGAGAAUCCUACUUUUGACUCGCAAACAAAGGAGACUAUGACUCUACAGGCGAAGUCGUUUGGUUCGAAGUGCGAGCUCAGUGAGAAGUUCUCCAAACAGGCAAUAAGCUGUGGUGUCGUGGACGCUGUGCUUGCCUGGGUAAGGUUCAAGCAGCAAGAAGAUAUGAACAGGAAGUGCAGUUCAAAGAAAACCACGAAGUUAAAGGUAGAUCAGCCUGCUUACAUAUCCGACGGCCUUCCUAUUUUGACGCAAUCAUUUGGUAUCCCCAAAUUGGAAGAUGCUAACGACGCUGGUACCAAGAAUUCUCAGCUCUGUACUCUGAUCCUUACUGAGGGAGAUUCAGCCAAAACGUUGGCUGUCUCGGGUCUCGGUGUGGUUGGCCGUGAUCGCUACGGAGUAUUUCCCCUUCGUGGUAAACUGCUUAACGUUCGUGAAGGAAACAUCAAACAGGUUGGCGAAAAAUUUGCCUUGACGUGA